AGUUACCAAACCUUUAGUUAUUUUCAUCCAAACAUGAUAUGUACAAGAACCAAUAUAUAAUACUUUAUCUAGAUAUAUAUAAAGACAGAUGUUAAAUAAAUGUAGAUUGCGUUUAGAUAUUUCUUCUAUAAACAAAGACGAUGACCCAAUAAUCAAUUUGUUUGCUGAAGAUUUUUUGACUGGUCAGAAACAAAACUAUAACAAAGAACUUUAGGCUUUUAAAUAAUCUCUUUGUCUGUUUUUGUAAAAGAAAAUCAGAGAUUGCAGAUUGCAAAUCCUUGUUCAAUUCUUAAUUUUUUUUAAUGGGAAUUAAAGAAAACCAUCAUGCAGCAGAAGAAGAAAAGACAAGCGAGAGAUCAGUAAAGGUGUUGCUAUCUGGUAUGUUCAGCAGGAAGAAGAAGAAGAAGAAGAAGGGAUCAUCAUCACCACCAAAUGAAGAUGCGCGUUUGAUGAUGAGAGGAGACAAAACUAAUAAUAAGAAUGUGCAUAUGUCUCUCUCUGAGAUGAUGAGGAAGUUGAAACAUUCUUUCAAAAAGGAGAAACCGCAACAUGACAACAAUAAGAGGUUACUAGUACUGCGGAAGAAGAAGGGAAAGAGUUUAUCAACAACAACAACUACUAAAAAUCAUUUCUUUAUCGAGCGGAUGGCUUCAAUAUCUCAGAAGUUACAACAACACCAUGUCGUCAAGGAGAAACAUAAUCUGUUGUCUGAGAAUGGAGAUGCCGAUCAACACUUGGCAGCGAGUGAAGAGGCUCAAGGAAGAAUUGUAUCGCUGCUUCCGGGGUACUCGUCUCCUUUUAGGAGCCCUGGGAAAAUAUGGGACCAGAAUCCAACUCUCCUUUCUAGAUCUGCUUCAGACAAUUUUAUGAAGUCUGAAACAUUGGCAGAGAUAGAAGAAAGGGUUUCGUUAAGCCAAGAUAGUAGCAGCCCUUCCGUGUCCAGUAGUAGCCACAACUUCGUCACCUUUGAGAUAUCACAACUUCGAGAAGCUUCUGAUGUAGAGAAAGAUGAUGAGAGCUCCCAUGAAGAGAGCCUACCACAACCGUCUCGUCUCUCUGCGGCCUCACCAUCUCACUAUAUAUCUAGAACCGAUGAAUACGAAUUAGUUCUUGACCCGCUCUUCAUUGGAUAUGAAAUUAGUCCACAAAGAGGCGAAGCAAAGAAACAGACUCCGUGUAACCAAAAUGAAGAAAAAGAUGUUCCUAUGGAUGAAAAAGAAAGAGUGUUUAAGUACGUUAAAGCGGUGUUGGGUGCAAUAGACUCAAGCUGGGAAGAGAUGCACCUCAAAACAGAAUUCUCCGACCAGAUUCUCAACCCGGCUUUGUUCAGCAACAUACCAUUCUAUCCAAUUCGGCUUUGUUCCGCUGACCAUGACCAUGAGCUCCUCUUUGACUCCAUCAACGAACUCAUCUUCGAGUUCUGCAGGUUUCCUCAAUGGGUAUCCUUUGCUAAACCAAGAACCAAAGUCUUGUCAUUCAAUGGUGAUGAGAGCAUCGUUGACGAGGUUCAGAAAGAGGUUUACUGUCGUCUCUUCCCGUUGCAGUUUGCUGACUCGGUGGACCAAAUCAUUAGAGAAGACAUGGAUAAACGCGGAAACUGGUUAGAUGACGUCAGAAGUGAGGUUGAGUGCAUUGGCUUUGAGACUAGUGAACUGAUUCUAAAUGAAUUACUGGAACAACUCAUGCUUGACUUGUUGUGAAGAGUAGAAGAUAAUCACAAAUCAAAGUCAUCCCUUGUACUAGCAAUCACUUUGGAGAGAUGAGUAUAUGAUCAUUAGGUGAAUGUCUCAUAUGAAGACUAUUUUUUUUUGGUCAAACUGAAGACUUUAUCUAUGUAAAAAAAUAUUCUUGGAAUUAUGAAUGAUUAAAUCCAGCUUUGAGCUAUGCAGGAUUUGACUUAAUUUAUUAUGAACAUAUAUCUCAGUCUAAUGAAUAGUUCCUUGUCCCUUGUCUGUUGCAGUGUGUUGUUGUUACUUGAUGAUUUACCCUUUUAUAUUAUGGUCAUGAGAUACAGACGGGCCAUUUAGACAAAGAAAAAAAGAUAAUGGGCCCCCCAAGUAGGCCCUAACCGAAUCAGAAGAUUCUUACGACGCGGUCG